AUGGAAACUGAAGAAGGAUUGCGUUCUGCAGAUGCGAGGCAUGCGCAACCUGGAGUUCACGACUUGUGCUUUGUCAUCGAUGGAGGUAUUGAUGAAGCGAUGGUGAGUAUGCACGCGGGACGGACAUCAGAAGACAAGUGUCGCAAGCACGUGCUAAUAUCCUUGCCCACCACACAGAGACAUUUGAAGAAACAAGGGAUUGCCAUCGUCGAGGGCCCAAUCAAGCGGACGGGCGCGGUGGGUCCGAUCACGAGCGUGUACGCGAGGGAUCCUGACGAGAAUCUGAUCGAGGUGAGUGGUUCCGGACAAGCACGACGAAGAGUAGCCAGACGAAGCUGA